ACAGUGCAGUGCGAGAGGCUUUGGAGAGUGAUAAACUUACUGAAAAAAAAUACCAACAAGCUUUACAGCUAAUUAUUGUUUAAAAUAUUAUUUAAAACUAUCCAAGUAGCAAGUUAUUUAAAGGGUUACAAAGGUGUUAGAUUUGAAAUAUCCACAAUGCAUCCCAAACUAAAAGAAUCCGGCGAGGCCAACGUUGAGAAGCCAAACAAGGAGGCGAUAACAAAUUUGCUGCAAGCCGGUGAUGCAGUGCUUCUGGAGACAGAGUCAACUUCCGAUCAACACGAAGACCUGCACUCUGAAGUACAAACUAAGCAUGAAGAUCAACGGACGCAAGUCCUUUCUCAGACAGACAAAAAUGAGAAGGAAUUAGGGCCAAGGAUCACAAAGAAAUUUCUGAAGGAUCACUGCAAGCUGAAUAAACUUUAUGUGACCCCACGUCUGAAUGACGCAUUGUACCUACACUACAAAGGCUUCUCUGUCAUAGAGAAUCUGGAAGAAUAUACUGGGCUGAAGUGUCUGUGGCUGGAGUGUAAUGGACUGCAGCGCAUCCAGAACCUGGAGGCCCAGACGGACCUGCGCUGUCUGUACCUGCACCAGAACCUCAUCCACAAGCUGGAGAACCUCGAAAUGCUCAGCAAGCUGAGCAGCCUCAAUGUUUGCAACAACUACAUACACACUGUGGAGAACAUAUCUUGCCUCCCCGAGCUGAACACCUUGCAGAUAUCCCAUAAUAAGCUGGAGACAUCAGCAGAUCUGGAGCACCUGAAGAGUUGCCCUUCUAUCAGUGUGCUGGAUCUGUCACACAACCAGCUGAAGGACCCGGACAUACUCAACGUACUGGAGGCCAUGCCCCAACUGCGUGUUCUAAGCCUGAUGGGAAAUGAAGUGGUCAGGAAGGUCUUGAACUACAGGAAGACUGUGAUUGUGCGUCUCAAACAACUCACCUACCUGGAUGACAGGCCCGUGUUCCCCAAGGACAGGGCGUGUGCAGAGGCAUGGGCUGCAGGGGGGCUAGAGGCAGAGCGCAGGGAGAGGGAAUCCUGGGAGACACGUGACAGGAGGAGGAUCCAGGACGGUCUGGACGCCAUGGCAACCAUUAGAGAAAAAGCACUGGAGAGGCGUCGUCUUCGAGAGCUACAGGAGAGAGACAAUGGUGAAGACUCAGUCACAGACCCAGAGGAAAGCCAGGGCCCCAAUGAGGACAGCAAGGGCCCCAGUGAGGUGAACCAGGUCCCCAGUGAGGAGAGCCAGGACCCCAAUGAGGAGAGCCAGGGCCCCAAUGAGGUGAACCAGGUCCCCAGUGAGGAGAGCCAGGGCCCCAGUGAGGUGAACCAGGUCCCCAGUGAGGAGAGCCAGGGCCCCAGUGAGGUGAACCAGGUCCCCAGUGAGGAGAGCCAGGGCCCCAGUGAGGUGAACCAGGUCCCCAGUGAGGAGAGCCAAGGCCCCAGUGAGGUGAACCAGGUCCCCAGUGAGGAGAGCCAGGGCCCCAGUGAGGUGAACCAGGGCCUGCACCAGGGGGAGAAGAUCCAGGCUUUUGUCCAGGACUGUCUUGAAGCCCAUGAGGAGUUUUUACAGACACAAAGAGGACUUUCAGAGAGAGAGGAGCAGAACAAAGACCCGUUAGUGAGAGAGGAGCAGAGGAACGACCCGUUAGUGAGAGAGGAGCAGAGGAAAGACCCGUUAGUGAGAGAGGAGCAGAGGAAAGACCCGUUAGUGAGAGAGGAGCAGAAGAAAGACCAGUCGGAAAAAGAACAGUUAGAUAUUUCUGUGACAAGCCCAGCAGACAGAGACCAGGUUGAGACAGAAGAGGCGAAGCCAGAGCAGUCAGAAUGUAGACAACCAUUCCUUGGCAGGAGAGCUCCCUCUCAGGACACUGCCAAGCCCAACCCUGGCCCCAUGAUGACAGAACCUCUCUCUCACGGCCCUGGCCCCAUGGUGACAGAACUGGAGGAGGCAGAGCUCCUAGAGACCAUCCACCUCGACACCCGUCCCCCAUUAAGGAUUGAUGACCUUCCAGAUCUGGAGGAUGUAGAAGAUCCAAAAACCACCUGUGCUUUCUUCUCCCAGUGGGAGUCCCGACCAAAGAUAGAGAUCCUGUCAGGGGAUGAUGAAGAUCCAAAAAGGUGUCUGCCGGCCACACCCACCUCAGAGCCAGAACCCCACCAACUGUUCUUCAGGGUCUGUGACAAUGCACCAAUCACACCCUCCACCAAUCCCAUGGUAGCAUUAGAUCCAGAUGCUGGGAAUGCCACAGAGCAACCACAGGUAGAAUCCCAACUGAACCACGAGCCCAGCUGCAGACCACACUGUCUCAUAGAGGAAUUAGAUUGACCUCUAAUCCUAAGAUUUGCACCAGCCAAGCCUUGUACCUACCCCUAGAAUUGUUAACAUUUCAACUACUUGGUGGUGACGUUAUUUGCAGGAUCAGGCCUCAAGUAUAACAGAUACUGUGGAAUCUCAAACAUCAAGAGAGCUUGUGAAUGGAUUAUUUUAUGAUUGGUUUAUUGUUUAUCCAUGAAGUUUCCUAUGAUCUGCCUAACCAAUGAAUAGUUAUACUGAGGCGUCAGCAUCACUCCCAUAAUUUGUCAAAUCAAAUCAUAAAAUGUUGUAUCAAAAUGUUAUAUAAUUUUAUAAUUAUAUAAUUUGUACUGAAUUGAGUUAUCUACCAAUAAACUU